CCUGGCUGCCCGUACAGUAGAGGGCAUGCAGAAUGUCGAUGACCCUGAACGUUGUUUCUCAUCAUUGCCAGCGAGGUACUACCGUUUUUUAGAUAAUUUCACACUAUUCAGUGAUCUAAUGAGGUCCACUACCACUAUAUUUUGCGUCCCUUUAAGAUAGUUUUUGUUAGAUUUUUGCAUUGUAAACCCAGCUGUCCAGUAAUAGUGCAUCGUUGUUGUUAAUUUUUUUGACACGACAUUUCUGUGAAAGUGCCUUUUCUCAGGAUGUCAAAUGUGGGUCACUUCAUGUACUUUGCUUUUGGAAGUAAUUUGCUGAAGGAGAGACUGCAGCUGAAGAAUCCGUCGGCGGUAUUUCACUGCUUAGGCAGACUGAAGGAUUACUGCCUUACCUUCGGCUUUACAGAAGAGCAGUUUGACAACAGGUGGCAUGGGGGCGUAGCCACUAUUGAAGAGAGCAGAGGGACUGACGUGUGGGGGGUGAUAUGGAAGAUGAGCAAAGACAACCUCGACAGUUUAGAUAAGCAGGAGGCUGUUGACACCGGCAUGUACAGCCCAUUGGAGGUGAUGGUGGAAACGGACAUGGGGGAGAUCCUCUGUCGAACGUACAGGAUGAACAGGUUCCGAACUUCUCCUCCAUCUCCACAGUACAAGGAGGUGGUGUGCCUGGGGGCCCAACAGAAUGGACUCCCCCCUGACUACAUCAAGAGAUUGGAGGCAAUGCAGACCAACAACUAUGCUGGGCCCUCCAUCUUGGAUGAAAUCAAAAAGGCAAUGAAGUGAAAACAAGAAGGAAAUGUGUCGCCUUGAUUGGUUAGAAUGGGUCUGAGCCAGCCAAUGGGGUGAGGGCAUCUGAGAAUCCAAUCGUCCGUUUGCUUUUCAACUUCUUGUGAUUGGACUGUAAAAGCCACAGAGACACUAGAAUCAUAUAGUACAAUCAUUAAUUCAGAAGAUACUUGCAUCACAUUUUUUUUCAGAAAGCUUUGUUUGCAUACAUCAGUGCUAUGAUUGAUUCAUCGUUCCACUGCUUGUCUUUGUCAGGGUCACAGUGGGCCAGAAGCCAGUUUUAUGGUUAUCUGUAAAUCCCUUUUACACGAGUAAUUUUUAUUGAAACAUGUAAAUAUGCUGUCCUAAUUUUUAUUUUUUUUUAAUCACAAAGAAGCUGGUAAAUUAUAGACGCUUCUCACUUUAGGACGAGUAUUUCACCUUCACGAUGGCGUGAUAGCAAUGCACGUUUAGUAGUUGUCAAUCUCUGAAUUUUGAUCCGCUCUUGGGUGCGUGACAUGCAAUCUCUAGCGAUCACAAGCACUAACAUUUCAUUUAACAAUAUAUUGUACUGUGUAUUUUCUGCAUUUAACCAAAUUUAACAACCCAUUAUGUCUACUAAACAGCCUAGUGUGUCGUCAUAUUCAUACUCGACGGAUAUUGUCAGCUUACAAGCAGUUCAUCGGAAUGUCGAGGAGCGCCUGUAUAUCAAAAAACAAUUUAAUACUUACAAACAAUACCUAUGGUUAGAUACUUCAUUGUUUCGCAGAGCUGUUAUCUGAAACUAAAGACAUUGACAACGCUUUAAAAAGUCAGAUUUGGUUCUGUUAUUCCUCGUCCACGUAACAGUGAUGUGAUCUGUAUUUCAAAGUAGACACAUUAAAAUCAUAACCUGUAUCAAUCAUAGAAUAGGGAGAAGCGUUCCGGAUCUGAUUCUCUGCAGUGGGCUCUGAGUCCAAGGCAUUUCAUUACAGGUAGUGAUGUUCCAUUGUUAUCUCUAUACGAGAAUAAACUUGAAACUAUUAUUAAAAUCUUCCCAACAACAA